CUAAUCCACAAAAAUAUGGCAGAAAUUAAGGUUGAAUUUGCCGUACAAAUGACUGGAGAACAAUGGGAAAAUAACAUACGAAAUGCCCUAAGCGGCAUGGGUAAAUUGGAGGUGGACAACCAGCAGGGUAGAAUAAUUGUACAUACCAAAGAGCCUUGGUAUAUGCUGCAGGAGAAAAUCGAGGCCAGCGGUUGUAAAGCUGUAUUGGCUGGUUUUGGCGGGCAAUCGGCUGUUUCAAUUAUUAACACUACGGGCAGUGAUGUGGAUCGUUGUCCCAUACAGGGUGUAAUACGUUUUACCGCCAUACGCAAUGACAAGCCGGGUGUUGUUGUUGACGGGGUUGUGGAUGGCUUGACGCCAGGUUUACAUGGCAUACAUGUUCAUGAAAGUGGCGAUGUAUCCGCCGGCUGUGCAUCUGUGGGGGGACAUUAUAAUCCCAGGGGUUCUCCACAUGGCUCGCCCAAUGAUGAUGCCUCUCAGCGACAUGCCGGCGAUUUAGGGAACAUUAGAGCUGAUGACAAUGGUCGGGCUACAUUCCGCUUUAUGGACAACAUUUUGGAGGUCUAUGAAAUUAUUGGACGUUCUGUUGUUAUAACACAAAAUCCAGAUGAUUUUGGGCGAGGUGGCAAUGAACAGAGUCGUGUUGAUGGUAACUCCGGCGAAAGAAUCGCUUGCGGCAUUAUUGCCCGCUCGGCUGGUAUUCUGCAGAAUUUCAAAAAGAUUUGUGCCUGUGAUGGUGUCACUUUGUGGGAUGAACGUUAUAAGCCUAUAGCUGGUGGUACAAGAGCGCAAAAGUUAUAGCUGCAGGAUGAUAGAUAAUAAGUAUGUGUUGAAUAGUUUUUAUAAAUUGGUUAAGGCAUUUAAAGUUAUACGUACCAUUAAAAAUAUGUAAAUAAAGGACAUUAAAGCGAUUG